AACCCAAAGGCAGACAUAUAUUCACUUCCGUUAGACUUGUCUUCACUUCAAUCCGUCCGUCAAUUCGUGACCGAAAUCACGAAACGGGAGACAAAAGUAGAUAUACUUAUAAACAAUGCGGGCAUUGCUUGUGAUACCGAACAGCAAACUGAGGACGGGUUUGAAAUGGCUUUCGGGACCAACCAUUUGGGCCACUAUCUGCUAACACUAUCAGUGUUGCCAUUACUGCGAAACGCCCCGAAAGCCCGGAUAAUAAGCGUGUCGGCGGGUUCACACGUUUUUGGCAAAAUUAAUUUUGAAAAUAUAAACCUCCGGAACGGGGCCUUCAAUACCAAGGAUGCGGUCUCCCAGAGCAAACUGGCCAACGUGUUGUUUACCCGGGAGUUGGCCCGUAGACUGGGUCGGGACACUACGGUCACAGCCUAUUCGCUACAUCCCGGAUUGGUUCGGACCGAGUUUCACCGCAAUCUACAAUCACCGGCACUGAGAACUCUGGUCCGACUUAUCUGUCAGUUGUUUGGGUUGUCUAUUGAGAGCGGCUCUCAAACAUCGCUGUACUGCGCCCUCGAAGAGAAGUUGGAUAACGAGUCGGGUUUUUAUUAUGACAAUUGUCGACGAGUGGAUGCAAUGGUGUCGACGGCUACUGACGAUAAAAGUGCGCAACAGUUGUGGCAAUUGAGUGAAGAGUUGGUCCGACUCGAAGACCACCUAAAAUUUUCCAAACGCAUAAAUGAUGGUAUAAUUCCGGGACUCUUAACGGGAUUACCAAAAGGGGUUUUUGAUUACACCAAAGAAUAUUCCCCGAAAUUAAACCAAAUAUACAGACAGUAUUUGACAGACACCGUAUUUGCGGGCAAUUGUACGCCAGAAACGGUCGGAAAUGUGGCCGAUAUAACCGAUCGGGACAUAAAAGUGUCUAUAGAGGCGGCCAUUCAAGGGGUCAAUAGUCAGCGCCAAAUGGACAGCCAAUUGGUGGCCGACAAUCCGUAUUUGGGAAAUUUUAGUCAUUUUAUAACCGACGCUAAUUACAAAACCAAAUUCAACGAGCUGGUCACAAGAAACCUGGCUCAAAUAAAAUGUUUGUCAAAAUACGAUACUGUAAUGAAAUUACCGGGCAUUCGAGCACCGGGUGUUGUCUAUACAGACAACGGCCAGUUUUGUGACCUGCAAUACUCUCAAAGCCUUGGUAUCCAAUGUAACCCUACCUAUAAAUACCGGCGCAUUGACGGCAAGUGUAAUAAUGAACGGCAAACCAAUUGGGGCGCAGCUUUCCAUACAAUGCGACGGCUAUUGCCGCCAGCGUUUGCCGACGGCGUAAACGCCGAGCGGCAGCGCGCGGCUGACGGACGGCAACCGUUGCCUAACGAACGGCUUAUAAGCAACCAGUUGUCGGCUCCGCCCACACAAACUGUCCUAAACUUGAGGCGCCGCUCGUCGGCUCACAUGAUAUGGGGUCAAGUGAUAGCUCACGACACCAUUAAAACCCUGCAAUAUUUUGGUGAUGACUUACCGUGUUGUCCGCCCUCACAGCACCCGGAGUGUCCCUCUGUCUAUACACCUCUACCUUCUGAUCAGUUGCUCCAGGCGUACAAUCAGACAUGUAUUGUGAACUCACGGUCUAUGGCCGGGAAUACUUGUCGCUUAGGUGCCCGCGACCAGAUUACGGCCACUACGCCUGUAAUGGACUUGUCGGAGUUAUAUGGGUUUUUCAAUGCCCGGGCCCGUAGUGUACGCACAUUUAGCGGAGGAAAAUUACAAACAAAUAAAUCGUUGAAAGGCGACGAUAUAAUGCCCGAAGCAAUACUACCCCGCGAUCAGGACAUGUUUGAUCUGAACCAAUGCACACCACCGGCGGACAGGCCAUGGCUCGGGUGCCUAAAGGGUGGCGAUGGUAAUCGCGUGAAUCAGCAGGUGGUGAUCAACACAAUGGUAACCACAUUGCUUUUGCGCCACAAUCAACACUGCGAUGGUCUGGCGCUAAUCAACCAGCACUGGACCGAUGAGAUACUUUACCAGGAAGCUAGGCGAUUAUUACUCGCAGAAUACGCACAAAUAACGUACGCUGAAUAUUUGCCCUCGUUUAGUGAAUACAAUCCCGCCGUUAGCGCCGACACAGUGCAAGAGUAUGGCCUAGCUGCAUUUCGGUUUGGGCACUCCAACAUUAACUCACAAUUUCCAGUACUCAAUGGAGAUCCGUUGAAUUCAUCGUCAUUUUUAUUAAGAUUCAAUUUUGAACAAAUGUCUCAACUAUGGGACGGAAAUAGAAGAGGAAUACUUAAAGGCCUGUGCGAAAAACAUGAAAAAGUGACCGAGCUACAUUACGUGGACGAUGUGAGAAAUUAUUUCUUUUUUGACCCGUCCCAACCCAGUGUUAGUGAUUUGUUUGGUAGAGACAUAUUCCGGGCCCGGGAUCACGGGUUGGCCCCAUAUGUGUAUUACGUCCAGUACUGUACGGGUCGUCACAUCAAACGCUGGUCUGAUUUGCAGCCAUUAAUACCGAUUGCUAUACUAAAUGAGUUGCGCGACGUUUACAAAGAUUUUCGUGACAUCGACCUAAUAGUGGGCGGUUUGGCCGAGACUGUGAUGGAGAGCUCGACGUUAGGGCCAACACUGGCCUGCAUAAGUGGUGGUAUAAUUCCGGGACUCUUAACGGGGUCACCAAAAGGGGGUUUUGAUUACACCAAAGAAUAUUCCCCGGAAUUAAGCCAAAUAUACGGACAAUAUUUAACAGACACUGUAUUUGUAAGCAAUUGUACGCCAGAAACGGUCGGAAAUAUUGCCGACAUUACCGAUCGGGACAUACGAGUGGCUAUAGAGGCGGCCAUUCAGGGGGUCAAUAGUCAGCGCCAAAUGGACAGGCAAUUUGUGGCCCAAAUUCCGUAUUUGGGAAAUUUUAGUCAUUUCAUAACCGAGGCUAAUUACAAAACCAAAUUCAACGAGCUGGUCACAAAAAAUCUAGCCCAAAUAAAAUGUCUGUCAAAAUAUGAUACCGUAAUGAACUUACCGGGCCUUCAAGCACAAGGAGUGGUCGACACAGACAACGAUCAUUAUUGUGACCUUCAAUACUCUCAGAGCCCUGGUAUCCGGUGUAACCCUAGCUAUAAAUACCGGCGCUUUGACGGCAAGUGCAAUAAUGAGCGGCAAACCAAUUGGGGCGCAGCUUUUCACACAAUGCGACGGCUAUUGCCGCCAGCGUUUGCCGACGGCGUGAACGCCGAGCGCCGGCGCGCGAUUGACGGACGGCAACCGUUGCCCAACGAACGGUUUAUAAGCAACCAGUUGUCGGCUACGCGGCCACAAAUUGACCAAAAAGACAAGCUCGUCCGAUCGUCGACUCAUAUGAUAUGGGGUCAAAUGAUAGCUCACGACACCAUUAAAGCCCUGCAAUAUUUUGGUGGUGCGUUACCGUGUUGUCCGCCGUCACAGCACCCGGAGUGUCCCUCUGUCUACACUCCUGUACCCUCUGAUCAGCUUCUCCUGGUGUACAAUCAGACCUGUAUUGCGUACUCACGGUCUGUGGCCGGAAAUACCUGUCGCUUAGGUGCCCGGGACCAGAUUACGGCCACUACGCCCGUGAUGGACCUGUCGGACUUAUAUGGGCCAUGGCUCGGGUGCCUAAAAGGGGGCGAUGGUAAUCGCGUGAAUCAGCAGGUGGUGAUCAACACAAUGUUAACCACGAUGCUUUUGCGCCAUAAUCAACACUGCGAUGGUCUGGCGCUAAUCAACCAGCACUGGACCGAUGAGAUACUAUACCAGGAAGCUAGGCGAUUAUUACUUGCAGAAUACGCACAAAUAACGUACGCUGAAUAUUUGCCCUCCACAUUUAACCAGAAGUUUAUGGAUUUCUUCGAUCUCAACGUUAGACCUCGUGGUAAAUUCAGUGAAUACAACCCCGAUGUUAGUCCCGACACAAUGCAAGAGUAUGGCAUAGCUGCAUUUCGGUUUGGACAUUCCAACAUUAACGCAAUGUUUCCGGUACUCAAUGGCAAUCCGUUGAAUUCAUCGUCAUUUUUAUUGAGAUUCAAUUUUGAACAAAUGUCUCAACUAUGGGACGGAAAUAGAAAAGGCAUAAUUAAGGGCCUGUGCGAGAAUUUCGAGAAAGUGACCGAGUUUCAUUAUGUGGACGAUGUGAGAGAUUAUGUGUUUUUUGACCCUGCCCAUCCCAGAGUCGAUGAUUUGUUUAAUAGAGACAUAUUCCGGGCCCGGGAUCACGGGUUGGCCCCAUAUGUGUAUUACGUCCAGUACUGUACGGGUCAUCCCAUCAAACGCUGGUCUGAUUUGCAGCCAUUAAUACCGAUUGAUAUACUAAAUCAGUUGCGCGACGUUUACAAAGAUUUUCGUGACAUCGACCUAAUAGUGGGCGGUUUGGCAGAGACUGUGAUGGAGGGCUCGACGUUAGGACCAACGUUGGCCUGCAUUAAUGGCAUACAGUUUUAUCACUUUAAAUUUGGUGAUCGAUUUUUCUAUGAACACUCGUCUCAGGCAGGAUCGUUUACUAUUGCCCAAUUGGAUAAUAUCAAGUCGAGGGCGUCAUUGGCUAACCUGUUGUGCAAAACAAGUGGCUUCAAUGUGAUGCAAUUGCAUGCAAUGUAUACCCCAACUAAUGAUAACCCGCGGAUACCAUGCGAUCACUUCCCGGAUAUUGAUUACCGGCUUUGGUCUGAAGGGGUCGACGAUUGCGACGACUCGUGCAAAACAAGUCGUAUUAAUAGCGCGAUUCCAGCUUGUUGGCGCCGAAAGCGUUUGGCUGUAUUUCCCUUAGACUGUGAGCGUAUUAUGAAAUGUCUGGAAGUGUUUGUCUUUCUUUGGCAGACCCGUCACGUCAGUAUAAAUUAUGGCAUAAUUCCGGAACUCUUAACGAGGCAUCAAAAAGAAGGGUUUGAUUACAUUAAAGAAUAUUCCCCGGAACUAAACAAAAUAUACGGACAGUAUUUGACAGACACUGUAUUUGUGGGCAAUUGUACGCCAGAAACGGUAGGAAAUAUUACCGAUAUUACCGAUCGGGACAUACGAGUGGCUAUUGAGGUAGCCAUUCAGGGGGUUAAUAGUCAGCGUCAAAUGGACCGGCAAUUGGUGGCCGAUAAUCCAUAUUUGGGAAAUUUUAGUCAUUUCAUAACCAAUGCUAAUUACAAAACCAAAUUCAACGAGCUGGUCACAAGAAACCUAGCCCAAAUAAAAUGUUUAACAAAAUACGAUACGAUAAUAAACUUACCCGAUGUUCGUGUGCCGGGAGUGGUCGACACAGACGGCCAGUUUUGUGAACUGCAAUACUCUCAAAGCUUUGGUAUCCAAUGUAACCCUACCUAUAAAUACCGGCGCAUUGACGGCAAGUGCAAUAAUGAGCGCCAAACCAAUUGGGGCGCAGCUUUCCAUACAAUGCGACGGCUAUUGCCGCCAGCGUUUGCCGACGGCGUAAAUGCCGAGCGCCGGCGCGCGAUUGACGGACGGCAACCGUUGCCCAACGAACGGCUUAUAAGCAACCAGUUGUCGGCUCCGCACCGACACACUGUUCCACACGACAGGCGCCGCUCGUCGAUGCAUAUGAUAUGGGGUCAAGUGAUGGCUCACGACACCAUUAAAUCCCUGCAAUAUUUUGGUGAUGAGUUACCGUGUUGUCGGAUCUCACAGCACCCGGAGUGUCCCUCUGUCUACACCCCUAUACCCUCUGAUCCGCUGCUUCAGGCGUACAAUCAGACCUGUAUUGUGGACUCGCGGUCUAUGGCCGGAAAUACCUGUCGCUUAGGUGCCCGGGACCAGAUUACGGCCACUACGCCCGUGAUGGACCUGUCGCAGUUAUAUGGGUUUUUCGAUGCCCGGGCCCGUAGUUUACGUACAUUUAGCAAAGGAAAAUUACAAACAAAUAAAUCGUUAAAAGGCGACGAUAUUAUGCCUGAAGCGAUACUACCCCGCGAUCAGGACAUACUUGACCUGAACCGAUGCACACCACCGGUGGACAGGCCAUGGCUCGGGUGCAUGAAGGGGGGCGAUGGUAAUCGCGUGAAUCAGCAGGUGGUGGUUACCUCAAUGUUAACCACGUUACUUUUGCGCCAUAAUCAACACUGCGAUGGUCUGGCGCUAAUCAACCAACACUGGACCGAUGAGAUACUUUACCAGGAAGCUAGGCGAUUAUUACUCGCGGAAUACGCGCAAAUAACGUACGCUGAAUAUUUGCCCUCCAUAUUUAACCAGAAGUUUAUGGAUUUCUUCGAUCUCAACGUUAGACCUUAUGGUAAAUUCAGUGAAUACAACCCCGAUGUUAGCCCCGACACAGUGCAAGAGUAUGGUGCGGCCGCGUUUCGGUUCGGUCACUCUAACAUUGACUCCAUAUUUCCGGUACUGAACGGCCAUCCGUUGAAUUCAUCGGCAUUUAGAUUGAGAUUCAAUUUUGAACAAAUGUCUGAACUAUGGGACGGAAAUAGAAGAGGCAUAAUUAAGGGCCUGUGCGAGAAGCACGAGAAAGUGACCGAGCUACAUUAUGUGGACGAUGUGAGGAAUUAUGUGGUUUUUAACCCGUCCGAACCCAGUGUCACUGAUUUGUUUCAUAGAGACAUAUUCCGGGCCCGGGAUCACGGGUUGGCCCCAUAUGUGUAUUACGUCCAGUACUGUACGGGUCGUCACAUUAAACGCUGGUCUGAUUUGCAGCCAUUAAUACCAAUUGAUAUACUAAAUGAAUUGCGCGAUGUUUACAAGUAA